AUGACCAUGAUGGAGUCUCUCCGGUCUUCUAUCGAGGGUUCACAGCCGCCAAGUAAACGUCAGAAAAGAAAGACUGUCGCAUGUCGACGUUGUCACGACCAAAAGACAAAAUGUGAUGGCGAGAAGCCUUGCAAGAACUGUCUUCAAUCAGACAAGACUUGUGAAUAUCCUAUGCGAGAUCGUAAAGUGACCGUGAACGAAAGCUAUAUUCAGCAAUUACUCGCCGAGAACGAUCGCCUCAAGCGUAAUGUGAACGAUGAUGAAAGCCACAAUGGCAUCACGGAAGACACUAACGGAGACGACGAUGAGAAGCGAGGAGACAAUCCCCUGAUCGAGAAAGAGGCAUGGUUCUUACCUUACGAUCCUAGCCCUAUAUACAUUGGCGAAGCUGCAUGUACUGGCUUCUCGACAAGAGUGCGGCAGCUUCUUGUGAGUGUUGAGGCUGAGAACCACAUCCCGAGGACCUCUUUUAUCAAAGAUCCCCAACUGGAUGCGGCAUUGAACACCACGGCGCAAUGGCCGAGCAGGCCUCAAGCUUUCCUUCUGGUCAACACCGCUUUCAGCACAAUUGGCAAGUGCUACCACCUGUCUCCUUCCUCAGCAGUACGAACGACGCUGGAACGAGCCUAUCAGGACUUGCGGUCUCUUGAUCAAUUGGCAGUAUGCAAGUUGUUUGUGCUCUUCGCGCUAGGAGAGGCAUACUCUAUUAGAUCGCCAUUGGACAAUACCGGCGCACUACCAGGACUCCACUACUUCGCGAGGGCUAAGACCAUUCUGAGAGUCAUCCCAGAACGACCUAAGAUUGACCAUAUCGAGAUUCUGGUGAUGUUCGCUCUGUACAAUUCGGUCAUGAACAGGCGACACAGCGCUUUCCGUUACAUUGGGUCUGCCAUGAGAUUAGGCCUAACCAUAGGACUGUAUCAAAACAUGGCAGAGCGACAAUUACCGGACAAAGCCGCCAGACAACGCAGAGUUCGUCUUUGGUGGACGAUGUAUGUCUUGGACAGAAUGAUGAGCAGCAAAGUCGGCUAUCCGACGUUACUAAAAGACGAAGAUGUCGAGGUAGAUCUUCCAACCGAUGAAGGUCUAACAGAUGCACAAAAAGAUGACUUCAUUGACGCCGACUACCUUACUGCCAGCAUCAGUCUAGCUCGCAUCGCUGGUGGCAUCAUUGGCAGUCUGUACAGUCGUAGAAAGCUUCCUGACACUUUCUCUCAAAGAGUGCAAGCCAUUUUUCGGAAACUAAGAGAUUGGGUUGAGGCUCUGCCGCCAGGCUUGCAACUGAGACAGGAAGACGCCUCGAGUCAGGUUGCACGACACAUUGUAAUGCUGCAUUUGUCUUUCAACCAGUGUGUCGUAUUAGCCACACGACCAAUCCUGCUACAUGUGUUCAGAAUCUCAAACAGAAUCGGUGGCACGACCGAAGAAAUCUCUCAGGCUACUCUGGCACUGGCAUCAACAUGCUCGCAUUCUGCAGGCCACAGCUACCGCCUUUUGAUGAGAAGCUGGGUCAAUGGCUCGUUUUUCACUCUCGACUACUUAUCUGCCCAAUAUCUCUUCGCAUCAGCCACCAUCCUAGCGAUAUCAAGUCUGUCCAACGACAGUCACGCGAAAUCCCAUCAGAACGACCUAGAAUCUGCCACCCAUCUGCUCCGACAAUUGAGUAUGCUAGGCAAUCUGGCAGCUUCAGAAUUCUGUGGGCAUCUUGAUGCAGUGCUACGGUCCAUCGCCACUUUCAAAGCCGGACGGGGAGAGUCUACUGAAGGUUCAAAUUUGGUACAAGCCAGCCCUGCAGCCAUUCGCCCAGAUACCGUUACUACUGAGAUGGCACUUUUCGGACCUCUGGUGGGAGACUUCUUGACACAGACGGAUACUGAGCUUGGUAUGCCUCUGCUUCUAGAUGAUAGUGCUUUGGAUUGGAGUGCAUGGGCUGGCGUGCUGGCUGACCAAGAGCCCACCCCCGGACAUAUCAACAUUGGUUUGUGAGAUCUCGAUAUACAAUAGUCUGACUAUCUCUAAGCUUGGCAGUGAUCGAGUCAAUGAUCAAAUGAUAAGCAAUGCAAUAUAUAUAGUUAUCAACGUAGACGUAGCCGGAAAGAAAUUGACCCGGCACCAAACUCCCUCUCGCC